AGAUUCAGGACGUCCUCGAUGAGCAGGAGGGGAGCGAGGGUGGGGUCGGUGAGGCGAGGAUGCGAGACGACGCAGUCGGAGGCCCUGACCUGCCAGGGGAGGAGGUAGUGAUGACGUCAAGAGGGGUUGGGCCAGCGGGUCACGCUGCGAGGGCGUCACGACCUGAGUUGGACCGCGCGAGGAGGGAGAAGAGGAAAGUGGGGGAGGAGGACGUCGACAUGCGGGACACGACGAGGGAGAAAAGGGCACGACAGACGACGAUCGAGGAGAUGUACGACAAGGAGAAGUUGGCCGAGUUCUCAGACGCGUGGCUGCAGUGGAUCUACGCGAACGGGUUGCCAUUCAACGCCUUCCGAGGGCCAGAGUUCCAGAGGGUUCGCCGGGCGGCGGAGAGAGUACCCCGCACAGUUCGGUUUCAGUUUCCCUCGUACAGGGUUACAACCGGUGCUGGGAUCCAUUUGCAGAGGAUGAAGGUAGCGUUGAUGAGCUGUACACGAGCGCAUGAUAAACAAGUGCUUAAUGGCGCGGAAAGCAAGCGGCAGGUCAGGUGUGGAGGCGAGUCUUUGGAACUCGGUAAUCCAGUCCUAACUGAGCAACGUGUUCUGAUGGAGCUUGUUGAGCUUGUCCAUCGCUUGCAGGUCGGGCGGCUCCACUUGGAAUCGCUUGUGCCAGGCGCCAGUCAACUCCUGCCAAGUGAGCUUGGUGUGCAGUUCCGACACUGCUACGCCGUGGCUGGUCAAGAUGUUGUCCAGCCAUGCUCGACACGCACCACCAGAUCGGUGGUACAAGCACGGAUGUCGAUCGUUGUUCGGGACAUGGUGCAUGUCGAGCCUGAGAGUAAACUGGCGCCACCACGGGAUCGGUUCCGUCUUGGACUAUUCGCAGAAGACGGGAAUGUCAUCCAGCUUGGGUGGGCGCCGGGAGGGUGCGGCGGCGGGCGUCACAGUGGCAUCAGCCUGGACCUGCGUCUCCAACUGCAAGUUCGUUGCUUACUGCGACGUCCGGAAGUCCUGAUGCACACGCUUGAUGUUGCUGACGUCAUCCUCCAAAACUUGCACACGGGUGGUAAGGGUGGAAGGCCCUGCGGCUGCUACAGUAGCUGGCUGUUUCUCCAACGCCUGCAGCCGUGCGAGCAUCUGGUCCACUGUCUGCUGCAGGUGAAGGAUUUCCUCCUGCUGCAGAGCGCAGGUGGCCACGAGGUCCGGGACGCGCUGGAGAGCAUGCUGCACGGCGAUGCGUGGGCACGCAUGUCGUGGGACCGUAGGCUUAUCGCCCAGGCGCAGUGGGUGCAACAGCAGAUCCGCGACGAGGAGUUGUGGCGUUGUGUUGACUAUUCCAUCCGCGUUAUGGCGCCCGUCCACCAGCUACUGAGGAGGAUGGAUAGGGGGGGGAUGAUGAUGUCCAUCGUGUAUGAGUGGAGUCAGCAUCUGCUCGAGUUGAUGAGGAGGGUGGAUGUGCCGGCGGACAUGGUCGAGCCGUGUGUGCGCGAGGUUGCCAUCUGCAACCUCCACAUGCUCGAGCCCGCACAUGCCGCGGCACACCUCCUCAACCCUCGUCAACGGUCCCUUCGAUAUUAUGAGUCGUUGCAGCCGACCAGUGACAACGACCGUGUGGUCGAGGAGUGCGACAGAUUUUUGCUCACGCAGACCGGCGACGAUCCGGUGGGCAGACUGUACAGGACCAUGCGAGACCAGAUGAGGCAUUUCCACUUGCGCCGGGGAGAUUGGGGAGAUCGGCAGCUGUCUGAUGCCGAGGCGGACGAUUGUCGGGGGGACCGCGAGACCGAGCGUUGUGCGACGUGGUGGUUUGCUCACGGUCGUUUUCACCCUGAGUUGCGUACCAUCGCCAUCCGUGUCAUGCACUUGUGGACGUUUGCCUCUCCUGCGGAGAGGAAUUGGGCGCAGCACGAGCGCAUCAACACGGCGAGGCACAACAAGCUUGGGUUUGCCAACCGAGCACAGCUGGUUGAGAUUGCCACCAAUCUCAAACUGGCCGCGUGCACGCAGCAGGGUGGUGGCUACGUGUUGUCGUGGGUUAUGGGGACCGGUCGGGAGGGGACGGCGGGAGGGGAGGAGGAUGACGAGGGAGACGUGAAGCCCGAGGUGUGGGGAGCGCGACCUGCUGACAGUGUUAGCGAGCAGGACAUCAAGCGCCAGGUCAUCGCUUUUCAUGCCUGCCGACUGUCCAGAUCCGACCCGGUUGAGGACGUGUUCGGCAAGAGGGCGACAGAGCUACGGCCGUGGACGGAGUACACUGUAGGGGCUGACGACACUCCGGACGCUGAUGCGGACGACGACACGUCCGACGACCAGUGGACGGACGAUGAUGACGCGGCCAUCAGAGGCGACGCGAUGGCGGAGCGGGUGUAUUUCACUUACGGUGGAGGACCUGACGGCAUGGCUCCACACACAUCCGUCAUCACUGACGAUGUGCCGUCGGGUGGACAGGCCAGUGGCACCGGCAGAGGAAGGGGUCGUCGUCGAUGACGUCCGCGUGGCGACGAGGACGUCGAGGAGCAGGAGCCACUUCG